CCUUGACUGCCACUUGCCAUGACCAUCUUUACGCCGACGCCGGAGCCGAUGCUGCAGGUUGACGCAGUCAUCGUCGUCGACCCGUUCUCGACCGGCAUGUGCUUGGCAGAGCAGGUCAUGGACCGGGGCUAUGCAUGCAUUGCAGUCUACAGCGACACGGAAGAGGCCAUGAAGGACUGGAUGGACACGCUCUCGGCAACGUUUCGCCGCAAGUUUGUCGGCGAAGUCUUCAACGUGGGCAGCGACCACUCGGACGAGCAGUUGAGCAAGGUGUUGCGCGCGGUCGUGGGCUUUGGCCACCCCAUCGUUGGCGUCAUUGCCGGUGCCGAGCCCGGCGUGCCGCUCACGGACCGCCUCUCGGAGCGCUUGAACCUCACGACGAACGGGUCGGCCGGCUCGGAAGGCCGCCGCAACAAGUACAUUAUGGGCGAGAAGAUUCGCGCCGCGGGCAUGCGCGCCGUGCUGCAGUGCCUCGCACCCACGUUUGCCGACGCCAAGGCCUACAUUGAGAACGAUCUCAAGCCCGAGCCGUUCCGCGUCAUUGUCAAGCCCGUCGACAGCGCUGGCAGCGACGACGUUUCGCUCUGCACGUCGCUUGAGGACGUGCAAAAGGCGUACGACACGGUGCUUGGCAAGGUGAACCACCUCGGCAUCCAAAACCAAGCGCUGCUCGUGCAAGAGUACCUCGAAGGCACCGAGUAUGUCAUUGAUACGGUCUCCCGCGACGGCGAGCACAAGGUGGUCGCGGUCUGGGAGUACGACAAGCGGUCGGCCAACGGCGCGGCGUUUGUCUACUUUGGUGCGCUUCUCCGUGAAGCCAAGGGCGACGUGGUCGUCUCGAUUGUUGACUAUGUGUGCAAGGUCCUUGACGUGCUCUCGAUCAACCAUGGUCCAGGCCACGCCGAGGUCAAGUUUGUCAAGGGCGAGCCGUGCUUGAUUGAAAUUGGCGCGCGCUGCCACGGCCGCGAAGGCACGGACAUGCCGAUCCUGGACAAGUGCCAGGGCUACAACCAGGUCGGCGCAACGCUCGACGCCUACUUUGACAAGGCGGCGUUCCAAGCCUUGCCCAAGAUGCCCACGUCGCUGCGGGCCCACGGCAUCAAGACGACGCUCGUCUCGUACGAGCACGGGACGCUGCAGGCGAUGCCAGGCCUCGCCGAGAUUGAGGCGAUGGCCUCGUACGUGGACAAGAAGAUUCGCCACACGGAAGGCGUCGUCAUGGCGCCGACGAUCGACAUGUUUACGACGCCCGGGUGCGUCCUCAUGGUGCACGAAGAUGCGAGUGUGCUCCAAGCCGACUAUGAGCGCAUUCGCGAGCUCGAAGUCGACGGCCUCUAUGCGCUCGUGGGCAAGUCGCCUAAGGCGACCAAGAAGCCGGCGGUCAAGAAGGCGAAGAAGAAGGCGAGCUACUCCAAGGCGCCGGCGACGAUGGAGUUCACCGUGCCCCGACGGACGGCCGCGCAGAUUUCCGUCGCGUCGUCGUAGACGAGGUUGUGGAGUAUCGAGAGAAAGGCGUACAUGUUUGGGUAUUUAAAGGAGCGGCCUUUUUCCUGUUGC